AGAGGCUGCUUGGAGGAGCUCCGGAAGUUUAUUGCAGGGGUUGACCAGCUGUCCCUGUGACUGGCGAGAAGUCGGGCUGGGUCCUACCAUCUGCAGCAACAGCAGGAUUGUGGCCAUGGCUGCCGAUUCAGAUGUGCUCCAUUUCCAGUUUGAGCAGCAAGGGGAUGCCGUGCUGCAGAAGAUGAACCUCUUGCGGCAACAAAACCUCUUUUGUGAUGUGUCAAUCUACAUCAAUGACACCGAGUUCCAGGGGCACAAGGUGAUUCUUGCUGCAUGUUCCACCUUCAUGAGGGACCAGUUUCUGCUCAACCAGUCCCAGCAAAUGCGCAUCACCAUCUUGCAGAGUGCCGAGGUGGGCAGGAAGUUGCUGCUGUCAUGCUACACUGGCGCUCUGGAGGUGAAAAAGAAGGAGCUUUUAAAAUACCUUACGGCUGCAAGUUACUUGCAGAUGGUGCAUAUUGUGGAGAAAUGCACCGAGGCACUGUCACGGUACCUGGAAAUCGAUGCCUUUGUGGAGGGCAAUAGCAGGAGCCCUGAAAAAUGCCACUCUUCGGACAUGGAGCUGGGGGGCAAAGAUGCCAGUUUGGAUAAAGACUGUGAAAUCAUUGAGAUUUCAGAAGACAGUUCUGUGAAUUUAGAGGAUCACGUAAAGCAGGAAAAAGGGGAUGAUCGUCAGCCGCCCUUGCAAAAUUUAAUAUCUGAAAGGAAGGAUGUAAAAAGCCCUGAGAUAUCGACUGUUGAGAUAGGAUACAAAGAUGAUGAAAUCUGCAUUUUCCAAAUGGAUUCCAUCGAUGCGCCUGGGGUAGAAGAUGAACAGUAUUCACAACCUUCUACCUCCUCUAAAACAAACUUAUAUUUUCCCGAAACUCAGCACUCCUUGAUCAACUCAACUGUUGAGAGCAGAAUUUCAGAAGUGCCCGGGAGUCAGUUCCCGGGCUUCAGGGGUGAGAACCCAGAAGGAGCUGUGAGUGCUGUGGGUGGGUUCCAAAAUCCAGAGGACUCUGGCUAUUCAUGGCGCCACCAGUGUCCAAAAUGCCCCCGGGGGUUCCUUCACCUCGAUAACUAUCUCCGCCACUUGAAGAUGCACAAACUGUUCUUGUGUUUGCAAUGUGGGAAAACCUUCACACAAAAGAAGAACCUGAACCGGCACAUCCGAGGGCACAUGGGGAUCCGCCCAUUCCAGUGCAUGGUGUGCCUGAAGACAUUUACAGCCAAAAGCACCCUCCAGGACCACUUGAAUAUUCAUAGUGGAGACCGGCCUUACAAGUGCCACUGCUGUGACAUGGACUUCAAGCACAAAUCGGCCCUCAAGAAGCACCUGACAUCUGUUCACGGGAGGGGCAACAUGGACAAAGCAGCCUUUGACUCCAUUACUGAAGUCAGAAUAGACUAUGAUUAAUGCAUGUGUAGGUAAGGCCA